GUCAUGCGGGGCGCAGCGAGGACGGCCGGGAGCGGGGGGUCCCGCGGGCUGGGGUGUCCGGCCCGGGGCGGCGGCCCCCGCACAAAGCCCGGGCUGGGCCGAGGCCAGACGGCGGCGACCCCGGCCCCUCUGGGCCGCCGAGGCCCGGGAAGGCCGCGCUCCGGGAACGGCCUCGCCUCCCCGGGCCAGCGACGACCGGCGACCCCGGGGCCUGAGGACAGAGCUCUGCCUUGCAGGGACCCCGCCCUUCUCCAGCCGCGGAGGCUCACGCAGGAGGCUGUAGGGACAGGAAAUGACCUCCAAGUCAUGUCCCAGGGCGCUGUGACGUUUGGGGACGUGGCCGUGGCUUUCUCCCUGGAGGAGUGGGCUCGGCUGAGCUGCGCCCAGAAGGCCCUGUACCGAGACGUGAUGCUGGAGAACUACCGGAACCUGGUGUCGCUGGGGCUUUGCCGCUCUAAGCCCGACGUGAUCUCCUCCUUGGAGCGGAGGGAAGCGCCCGGCGUGGCCAAGAACAGGCCGAUAGGAGGCCGGUGCCCAGGCGGGAAGGCCCUGCCAGAGGCCCCGGAGGUGCCCGCGGAGGAGGGGCCGAGUGAGGGUCAGCUGUCCAGGGCCGCGCCGCUGCACAGAGGGGCCGCCUGCCGCCUGCAGGGCUCCGUGCGGAGGCAGCGCCGGGAGGACGAGGCUCUGCUCCGGAGGCAGCCCGGAGCGUAG